GGGUAUGGUUUCCCAUGCGCUAUUUGUUUCAGUUUGAAACAAAAUUGGAAUUGCAGCUGACUUCUACGGUAUUUACAGCAUCCCGACAUGACGACACCGGACCCCGAGGAUCCGUCUCCCCGUCCCAGCCUGGAGCGGGAGUUUGCCGAGUCCACCAGCCUUCACGGCAUCGCCCGGGUGUUUCACGCCAGCAAGCUGCUGGUCAAGACCGUCUGGAUUGUCAUCAUGCUGACCUGUCUCUGUGUCUGCGUCUGGCAGAUCUCGGACCGGUUCUACAGAUUCCUUCAGUACAAGGCCAACACCCAAAUCUCAGUGGAGUAUGUCGGGGAUCUUCCCUUCCCUGCGAUCACCAUCUGCAACUUUAACAGGUAUCGUCAGGACGCGUUAGCCCCUGGCGACGAAGCAGUUCUCCGCCACAUCUGGUCAAUAAACGACCACGACUACGACUCGUACGGAGAGAGCGACGUGAACAACGACAUGUUCCAGGACGACCUGUCGUCAGACUUCAACUACACGGAGUUCACGCUGAGGGCGGGAUUCCUCUUGGACAACAAGACACUGCUCCGUUGCCAGUGGCGAGGAAAGGAUAAUAGCUGCUCCGCUGCGAAUUUUUCGCACGUGUUCACUUCCUAUGGAAACUGCUGGACUUUCAACUCAGGCAGAACGGGCCCAAUUCUGACGGAAACCAACCCAGGAAGCGGGAACGGACUGAAGAUGUAUAUUGAUAUACAACAGUCUCAAUACACUGAAACCAAGAACGACGAAGCUGGCUUGAAGGUCUUAGUUCACGACCAAAGUACCCCACCCAUGGUGGAAUCCUCAGGACUAGCCUUGUCACCAGGUGUACACGCCUUCAUGGCUGUUAAAAGACAUCAGUACUUAAAUCUGGAGCCCCCCUAUGGGAAAUGCGACUCCUCAAGGAAGCUAAAGAGAUUUGAUAGCUACACUUUCGAUGGAUGCAACAUUGAGUGCAGAGCAGAUGUGGUUCUGGAAAAAUGUCAUUGCAGGCUGGUCCAGCACCCAGGAAACGAAGUUGAAUGUACUCCCAAAGAAGCAAACGGCUGUGCAAAGAAGACUAUUGCUGAUCUGAUGAGUGGAGAUAUUGAUCCAUAUCCGUGCAACUGCCCCGUUCCCUGUAACUUCACAUCCUUCACCACCACUCUCUCCACUGCAUUCAUACCUAACGCGAAGAUUAUCCCGCUACUGGCGUCGCUAACUUCAUACGCCGAUGACCCCGCAUCCUGGGGUGAGGAGGACGGCAAUCUGAACGUGUCCGAGACAGUCUUCAAAGUUGGAGAGUACAUAAGGAAAAACUGGAUCUCACUAGAUAUAUUCUAUGAGGACCUCAACUACGAGAAGUUCGAACAGACGGAAGCCAUAACCACAUCGGCACUGAUAAGCGACAUAGGCGGCCAACUGGGUCUUUUCAUGGGAGCAAGCUUCAUAACUCUGGCAGAGAUUUUCUCGUACCUCGGCAGGAAGAUGAACAUAUGGAUUCACAGGCAGCAUAGAAGGCCGCAGGAUGAAUGUAAACUAAGCACCUCUGUGACAACUUCGACUUAAGCACUCCACAUUAUUCAAACGUAAAUCGGUGGUGUCUUAGCCAACGUAAACCCCACAAGUUGUCAAUUAAGAUAUCCUACAUUUCUUUGCCGAAGUCUGGUUCGUACACCGCAGUAUACUUCUACUCAUCGUAAACUUUCUCAGCGGUGCAGGCUUUUCCAAUGACUGGGAAUAUUAGACCUCAAUUGAGGUGAUAGAGACAAUAAACUGGCUGCAGUAAGCCGUACACUGCUGGACAAGGCACUAAAGCCUAUAGUUUCGAUUGUCUUAAUAAUUCGUUUCUACAAUUGAGGCUGAAUCAUUAAGCAUACUCCUGUUUAUAAUUAAAGCGUUUUUACUCCCUUAUACGGUCAGCGCUUGGCUGACUUUUCAGGUUAUUUCGUUUUCUAGGUCACGUUAGUAGACGCAAAUUUAUUGAGCAAUGCAUUGAUAUUAUAACAUCUUUAUUGUUUGUAUUAUACGGUAAUGUUAUUGUCUUAUAGGCGUUUAAACGAUAAAACUAUUUUCACAGUCACAAUAUAAUACUCCAGUAUAUACAGCAAU